AUGUUGUUAUUUCCACUGGUGACUUCACGACAUGUUUUCGUUUCAUCACCUUUUGAUAAUUUCAGAAUGGAAUGUCCUAAAAGAGCUGCUGCAGUAGAACUUUCGAUUAGAAUGGUGGAAUCGGUGGGCGCCAAGAGGCAGGACGUUGUGUUUGAUAUGACUUGUGAAGGAAUAAAUGAGCUUUUUCCGUGGGUAAACAUUCCUUUCGGGAUUUCCGAGAUGGAACGGGAAGACUGCUACUAUUCGUCUAUGCUUGACCCAAUUCUUGAUGAGACUUCUGAUUUCAGUUGUAAGCAUAGAGAAUAUUUGGCGGGCAUAACCCGCCUUACUGACACAAGAGUUCAACUAAUGUGCUGUCGAUUGCGUUCACGAGAUGAAUAUAAUUGCCAAGAGACAAUUUUCAACAAACCGGUAGGCCUUACGAAAAGCACAGUGAUCGAAAAGGCGGCGAGAUUGUCAGCAUUACCGUCAACAACUGCAACUCUGUCAACGACAGCUUCUCCACGUCGCAAGUCCUCAAACACACCAUCGUCAAAGCGUGCUAAUGGGACCUCCAAGAAACGAGUUGCGGAAACUUCCACGAUGCCACUGCAUCAGUCAAAACUAUUCGAACUGGAAUCUAGCAGUGGAAACUCUGUUUUGGAAUCUAAUGAACACGUCGAUAAGGCAGAUAGUAAACUCACGAAGAAGUUCCGUCCCUCUGGCCGUUCAUCGCCCUCUUUAUCAUCAAAAGUAAAGAAUCAUACGUUGGCCGACUCAAUGAGCAUUAAAGCAAAUUCCGUAACAAAAUCAAAACGGGUACCAUCAAAUGCUGUUGUGCACAGUGAAGACGCACUGGUUGAGGUUGCUCAGGAACAUAUUCUCAAUCAGCGUAAGGAUGAUUACCCAACAAAUGUCGAUCAGAUUAUCAGAAAAAUUCAACAAUUUCCAUCGAAAUCAGCAGAAAACCUGUUCAAAGACGUAGUUGCAAAUUUGGUGAACACGACGAUAUCCACUGGUACAAUUGCCGUCGACCAACAGCAGACGAAGGCAUUUGCUCGUUCGUCUUCGAUCCCUGUAUCUACUGCUGUCCCAAACAUUCAUUCGAAUGUGAACUUCGUAGAGGAAGCAAUGGAAAGAGUCGGCAAUAAAGCUGAAGAGCCUUUCAGUGAAAUCAAAGCUCAAGAGAACUUUACUAAUGAAAUCACUGUUAACGAUUUGUCAUUGAUCACAUUCCAUGACGAGGAGUUUCCAAAAGCUAGUGAGAAAAAGUUCGCAGUUCCAGCUAAGUUCAAAGUCUCCAAGACGGAUCUGCCGUUGAAAACCGGAGUAUCAAUGGAUGACUUCGUGUUCCUGCGCUCCAUCAAUUCAGAUGGACACCGUCGUGCUCCACUUCGAACACACCGACCUCAUGUUGAAAUUUGGUCCUCUGAUGAAGAUGAAAUGAAUGGUGGUGACAGUUCUUUGGAACAUACAACUGUAAAAACAAUCAGACGAAGAAAAACUGUCAAGCUACGCAAAAAGGUCACUCGAGCUCAUCGCUUACCAACAACUAAUAAGCCUAAUGAAUUAUCCACUGAUUAUGCAACAACGUUAUUAGAAGAGAAAUCCUCAGAUGCUACUAUUGAACCAAUCACGAGGGAAGUGCCGCGAUUGCAAGUAACGACGGCGGCAUCUCUCCGACGAGACCUACCAUCGUCAAGGAAAGUUGUAGAGUCAAUGACCCGCAAAGUAGACAACGCACAUUUCGUGGACGAGGAGACUGUCGUGAGUCCGUUCGAGGAUGAAGGACAGGUUCUAAGUGGAAUGCAUCAUAACAGUGGAAUUCAUCCAAAUCUCUACUUGAGAGGAGACGAAGACAUCGAGGAAGUAAUAAUGAAACUAUCAGCGGCAGCCUCAAAUAUACGAAGGGCUCCGGUGCGCAAUUCAAAUCCCAAGGAGCAGAAAUCAGAUAAAAACGCUGGAGAGUCAGAUGACCGCAGUGAGAAGCUGGUUAAAGAGAAGGGGACGGUUAAAGCUAAGGACGGAAACAAAACGUAUACUCCGAAGAGAAUUCCUCCAAUUCCAAUGCCUGGUGAAAUGGCAAUAUUCGAGAAUCAGCACAUGGAGGAUGUGAUAGUGGAGGAUAUAACGAAGGUUGGUACCGGCAAGGAAACCGAAGCACAAGAUAACAACAGAAAAGGGAGUAGCGAAGAAGAUGAACUUGCAGUUUUAACAUUCUGCACCAAGGAUGUCGCUGUUCGUGACAAUCGCAAUAUGGUGGUCGCUUGUGGAGGUGAGCACGAUGUUUGGCUGCCCAAUAGAUGCCCUCAAGGAGCCGACUGUUUCGUUGCACAAGAUAGCACUUACAGAUUGUGUUGUCCCGUGUCAACAGGGUGA